CGCCUCAUGGUUCAACCCAUAUUCUACCAUUGCUUUCGCAGCCCAUUGCCCUAUGCUCGGACACUAGCUCUUCAGGAACGAAUACAUCGGCUACAGCUGGACCUUCGCUCUAUCAGCAAUUCGCACCAAGAUGUGCUUCUGCUUCUGCAGCACCGGCCUGUGUUCACCGCGGGACGCCGACAGACCGAGGAGGAGUUGUCGAUGGAGAGGGCGCGCUUGACGGGAAUGGGCGCAGACUUCGAGGCCACGAACCGUGGCGGCCAGCUCACGUAUCACGGCCCAGGUCAGAUCAUCGGUUACCCCUUGAUUGACCUCAGUCGCUGGAAGCCCUCCAUGCGCGUUCACGACUAUAUAUGCAACAUGCAGAACAUGUUGAAGAUGUUCUUGAAGGAGCGUCAUGGUAUACAAGCCGUGCCGAGUGAACAUACAGGCGUCUUUGCGGGCGAUGGGAAGACGAAGAUGGCUAGCAUCGGGGUGCAAGUACGGCAUCGUCUCACGUCCCACGGGUUCUCUAUCAACGUUACAGAUGAGCCGUUGGCAUGGUUCAAUACAGUCGUGGCUUGUGGGCUGGCGGAUGUGAAGGCGGGGUCGAUAGAAGGGGCUGUUGGGGCGCCGGUGCGCGUGGACGAUGAGAUGGUGGCAUUGGCGCAGUUGUUCGGCAGGGUCUAUGGGAGGGACACCGUGCCUAUGGAUUUACGCGGGGGCGGGGAAGUGGCGGAAGCUAUUGCUGAGGUGGAGGCCGAGGCCGACUCUCUUGGAUUGUGGCAUAGGGAACCGCAACAGGCUCUCUGAAUCCGGAUACAAUCUAUCUUACCCUAAACUAUGCCCUGGGGAUGGCCACAGACGCAUCGUGAUAUAAUAACUAUCUCGAAGCUAGGAUGAUUCCGUUUGGGUUUCAUAAGUCGCCCAAUACAGGGUGGCGUCGCCGUACAGUCUAUAGACACCCUAAAAGAGCCUCCUCCUCUGGCGUCGGCGAGGUGGUGGUCCCCAUGCAGACCAAUCAUCCUCGUCUAAUAGAAGUGCCUGACGGAUGUUACGUCGUAAUCAGUGAUGUACAACAAGGCUAUCUUACUGGGCCAGUGGUGCUCUCCAGACUCAGCGAAGACGGCUGAUAGGGAGGCGUCGCGAGCGUCUAAGUAUUGAUGCUGCAGUUCUGGUCGAGGCUCGCUCGUAUACCGAGAGUAACAACUCGAAGCUCGGCGGUGAUACGAUGCGGUGGAGUUGCGCUGGAUUGUGUACGGGCCGUCAAUCGCGGAUUAUUUACACGUGGACAACUUGCCGUACCUUGGUAGUUGUCCAGGAGAACAUGUUGAUUGCGGAUGGUGCGGGUGGUCCAAUAACAUCGCAGACGCCGCCCAUUUUAUAUACAAAUCUCCGAUUCCGACGCGCAGCGGCGCCUUGCGAAUCGCCUGGCCAAGGAAACUACCAAUGUCCACCAAGACUCUCGUCUUCAGGUUGUCCGCAGCCUGGAAGGAAGGGUGCGAGAAAGAAUUUGGAUCGUCGGAAGCGGCGCCAAGCCCGCUGCAAGAAUAGAUACGACUGGGCCUGUCUUCCUGGGCAAGGCAACGCCCAAGCACUUCGGAGACUGCCUCGCAGUUGACAGGGAUCGAGAUAGUCGCACCGGGCGUGUGGUACGCCCAGAGAAUGUCGAGCCCAGAUAUUGGAUGCUACCGCAGGACAGGUUCUGGGAGACAUAACGACACCGUGUUUCUUCAGGCGUUCUAUACCAU